CGUUGAAUCGUCGUUGUCUUCGUAGCGGCUAAUCUCUAAACGCGUUAUCUCACGUCCCGUGUACACUCGGCUACACGUAAACAUGUUCGAAAACUAACAAUUAAUCAAUUUGAUUUACAAUGCCGCAAUGAUAUUGCUAUCGUCACCGAACAAUACGAAUUUGCGGUGUUGCACGUUCUACGUGUUUCAGUGGGUUCCUACUGCGGCCCGUAGAACACACGGACGUCACCGCUACUGUACGCAAUAACACAUUAACUCGAAAAACGAAACGGAUAAUUUUUUAUAGCCGCUGAUAAGAAGGUUAUAUAUAUAUAUACAUUCCGGUAAAAUUACAUUAUUGUUUCGUUGUCGGCGGCCGUGCGGUUGUUCCCGCUGCGCGUACAGUUCGGUUGAUAACUGACUGCCGCCGAGGUUGUUAUAGUAUUGCCACUUCGAGCUCGACGAUCGAACCGAACUCCGCGAACUUAUUCUUGUUGCACAGCUCAUUUAUUUUAUUUUUUAUUGUUAUUUGAUUAUUAUGAUUACUUAUUACGUAUGUCGUUGCUGUAAUUAGUUUUUUUUUUUUACUAUUAAUUAUCUUCCGUCGUAACCAUGCACAUUGUUUCGAAUGAAAUUAAAACCGAUGGAUUACUUCAAUGUAAAUUACACUCCGUCAACGUUGCAAAGCUUUCGAGUAUAACACCCAAAUUCUACAUCAUAUUCUUCGUAUUUAUAUACAUAAUGUCGUUAAUUAGCCAAUGAAUAAAGAAAAUUAUUUUAAAUUAACUACAAUGAAAAAUGAAAUUUUUUAUUUAAGCCGACCCAGCAUUAAAAAAAAUGUUUUAUUAACCUUCUGUAUUGGUGUACUAUUUGGUAUAUUUUUUGCCUACACUACUGUAUCUAUAACUGAAUGCCAUUUUAAAGAUAUCAAAAUACUUCCAUCGAAGUUUUCCUAUGAAACAAAAAAAUAUAGUGAUCAUCAUUCACACGGACAUGGAAACUAUAAUGAAGGUUUAUUUAAUGAUUCAAUUAUAAUGAAAGAUCAUGGGGUAAAUGAAACUUUACAUUUUCAUGAAGAUAUUGUGGCUCAGGAAUUGAAAAAACGGAUUAGAGUUAUUUGUUGGAUUAUGACUAGUCCUAGUAAUCAUAUAAAAAAAGCAAGGCAUGUAAAAGCUACAUGGGGUAAACGUUGCAAUAGAUUACUUUUUAUGAGUACUGUUGAAGAUAAAAGUUUACCUACUAUUGCUUUACCUGUUAAAGAAGGUAGAAAUCACCUUUGGGGUAAAACUAAAGAAGCAUUUAAGUAUAUAUAUCAACAUUAUAACGAUUAUGAUUAUGUAUUGAAAGCUGAUGAUGACACAUAUGUUAUAGUAGAAAAUUUAAGGUAUAUGUUGACUGCAUAUGAUCCAAAUGAUCCAGUCUUUUUGGGCUGUAGAUUUAAACCUUAUGUUAAACAAGGAUAUAUGAGUGGAGGUGCAGGUUAUUUGUUAAGCAAAGAAUCAGUUAAGAGGUUUGUAGAAGAAGCUAUACCUCAUAAACAGUGUCGGCAAGAUAGUGGUGGAGCUGAAGAUGUUGAAAUUGGUAUUUGUCUUCAACUAGUUGGAGUAAAAGCUGGAGAUUCUCGAGAUAGUUUAGGUCGUGGGCGUUUCUUUCCAUUUGUUCCAGAACACCAUCUUAUACCUGGCCAUACAGAUCCAAAUUUUUGGUAUUGGAAAUAUAUUUUUUAUCCAAUAGUAGAGGGUAUGGAUUGUUGUUCAGAUACAGCAAUUUCAUUUCAUUACAUUGAUCCUAAUAAUAUGUAUGUACUCGAGUAUUUAAUUUAUCAUUUACGACCAUAUGGAGUAUCCCAAAAUAUUGACCAAGCCAUCAUAAACAAAUUUCAUCUCAACAAGGGCAGCAAUGUUACUAAGACUGAUAAGCUGAGCAAUAAAACACAACAUAAUUAAAUUUGUUAGCUGUAUAACUUAUUGUUCAAACAUUUCACUGGAUAAUGGACAGUGUUCAUUCUUGUUGUAUAUUUAUAACUAUAUUUUUGCAUAAUUUAGAAUAAUUAAUUCCGUGCCAUUUGCAUGUCUGUUUUCAGAA